CAACGACACACCCACAAGUACAAACUCUACUGACACCUCUCCUGAGACUCCUAUGCCCACUACUACACCCUUAUCCUCCACUAUCACCACAAACACAACACUCCCAGCUGGACCCCUACCCUCUUCACCUACCUCCAUCUCCAACUCCAGCUCUUUCCCCACAAAUACCUCCCCAGGCAGUAGCACCGCACCCCCUACCGGAAAUAACACCACCCUUAGUCCCUCAACAACGACCUCAGGAGUGAGUGCCAAUACAACAGCCUCAUCUACCACCACUCCAACUUCACCUACCAUCAGUACUGGUACCACCAUCACUGGCACCACCCAGCGACCAACAAAUGCCACCACUAACAGCUUCUCCACCACUCCAACGUCCACCACCACCAUCAGUACUGGUACCACUAUUACUAGCACCACUAACAGCUCCUCCACCACUCCAACGUCCACCACCACCAUCAUUACUGGUACCACCAUUCCUAGCACCACUCAGCGAACAACAAACGUCACCACUAACAGCUCCUCCACAACUCCAACGUCCACCACCACCAUCAGUACUGGUACCACCAUUCCUAGCACUACCCCGCAACCAACAAACGUCACCACUAACAGCUCCUCCACAACUCCAACGUCUACCACCACCAUCAGUACUGGUACCACCAUUCCUAGCACUACCCCGCGACCAACAAACGUCACCACUAACAGCUCCUCCACAACUCCAACGUCUACCACCACCAUCAGUACUGGUACCACCAUUCCUAGCACUACCCCGCGACAAACAAACGUCACCACUAACAGCUCCUCCACAACUCCAACGUCCACCACCACCAUCAGUACUGGUACCACCAUUCCUAGCACUACCCCGCGACCAACAAACGUCACCACUAACAGCUCCUCCACAACUCCAACGUCCACCACCACCAUCAGUACUGGUACCACCAUUCCUAGCACUACCCCGCGACCAACAAACGUCACCACUAACAGCUCCUCCACCACUCCAACGUCCACCACCACCAUCAGUAAUGGUACCACCAUUAAUAGCACCACCCAGCGACCAACAGACACAACAGCAGUCCCGCCCAUCCCUCCAGUCAUAGUGUGUCCUACCGUCCCGUGCCCUAUUAAAAGCAUCUGUCUUAAUGGUACCUGCCAGUGUCUCUCUGGUAGUUUCCUGGUGAAUGGCCGCUGUGCAGCUGCCCAAGUGUUCCCAGGCCAGCUUCAUCUCACCUCCUUGACAUUUGAAAAGGACAUGAGCAACAGGGCCUCGGGAAUAUUCCAGAAGACAGCAGCUCAGAUCUCAGCAGCGCUCAGAGAUGCCCUCAAAAAUCAGCCGGGGUAUAAACAAUCUGAUGUUGUGCAACUUGAACCAGGAAGUGUACAAGCAACUGUAAAUAACAUAUUUGACAACACCACCGCCACUCAAGAAUCUGUUGAUCAGGCCAUUAAUAAAGCUAUAGCCAACCCAUCAAAUGGCUUCUUGGUUAAUGCUAGAUUUACAGGUACCAACCUGUGUGUGCAGAAGCCACUACCAUGUGACGUCUUCACGACAGUGUGCAGAAAUUCAAACGGACAAGCUUUUUGUUCCUGUAAAGAAGGCUACAUCUCCAACCUGUACUCCAAUUCCAGCUGCAGAGUGUGUCCAAGUGGGCAAAGGGCAGAGAGAGACAUGUGCCAUCCCUGUGCAUUUGGAUAUGCUGGCUUCAACUGCAAUGACUCGGCGCUGCUAGCAGUGGUGGUCAUCUCCUGUGUGCUGGGAGGUCUUCUCAUCAUUGUCCUGGCUUUGCUCAUGUAUUGCUACUGGAGGGGAUGCACAAGGAGCAAGCCAGACUACAGCAGCAGUCCAUACUCAUCAGGGGACUUAAACAAGCCCUGGCCCACUGGCAUCACCCCCAUCCCCCGGGCCUCCAUGAACUUGGAGGCAGGUCCUCCCAUAGAGAUGUCAGAAGGGGGCAGCACUUGUGUCCUGGUGGACAAAAACCCUAAAACCAACGGAUUGUCGGGAUCAUACGAUCUCAACCCAGAAGUAAUGAACACCUUCAAAGGUAAAAAUCCAUCCCGUUACUCCUAUCUGGUUCAAGGCCACGAGAACCCCUACUUCUUACCAGGAGAGGGCAAGAACAACUGAUGGAAGCCAUGUCCAAAUGAGGAAAUGGGGAUCAAAAGGAAGCCACUGAUUUACAUUUAUAUCUGGGUCUUCAGGCACAUUUCCUGAGCAGGGUUUUUUAUACAUUCUUGAACUUGAUGAAUCACAAAGGACAUUUCUCAAAUGGGAAACAGCCACCAAAGAGAUUAAUUCGUACGAGCGAAACAUUUUAACAUUUAGUGACGUUUUGGGUGCAUCAUGCGUCUUCAAUGGAAGAGCUAAAUGAUGCUGAUCAUAACCAGCAGAUGUCGCUCUUGCUCAGUAUAAUUAUCACACUGUUUUACAAAGGACAUUUUUUAUUUUGUAAUGCUUUUAGUAAAUCAUUCUGUAGUCAAUGAAUCUUCUUGUAUUGCGAAUUGCACUUAAGUGUAUGUCAAGUUUACCACCAGUUGUACUCUUCAAUCAAAGGUGAAAUGAAUGCGGGCUGUCGGGCUACUAUAUAUUUUUUCUUAUGGUCAUGAUUAUUAAAAAAAAUUAAAAUCUUGAGAACUAAAGGGGCUGGAUCCCUGUUUCAGGGUAUUUUCAAGGGAUGUUUUUAAAGGAAUGUAUGAUUGUAGCCGUCUAAAGCUGAGUAUUUUGUAUUUGUUGAAUCUGCACUUGCAAAAUGUGCCUGUUUUAUUCGUCUCUUUGACAAACAGGAAAUGUGCACAGCUGGUGAUAAAGCCUCCUGGAUGUGCCAAUUAUACCGUAUAUAUACAUUAUAUCUUUUAAAAACGGUUAUUUAUUUAUCUUUGUGUGAUUGAGACAGCGCACUAUUUCUUAGGUGUGUAAAGGUUUUGUACAUAAUUGAAGAUCUUUU